GAAGAUAUCGAUACCGAACAUUGCGGUGGCGCGGCAGAUUUCGUAUCACAGAGAGAGCUGACACUGUCUUUUUUUGUACCUGUUUUGACAAGGAAUCGUGAUUCUUCGAACCUUUACGUGAUACUUUAUACAUCGGAAAUGGCUAUCAUCCACUACUAUGCUGUUCCAGCUUUGAGUGAUGGCGCCCACCAAGCUGUGAUCAAUAAAGUGAUUGGUAUCAUGGGAAAGGAGGAAGAUGUACAGCUUGAGACAGAAGCAUGCUAUAAUAUUGAAGUUCAAGGAGAACUUACAACAGACGAGAUAAAGAAGCUACUGUUCAUCAUUGGUACUCCAUUCCAGAAUGAUAAAAUCACAACAGUUUCUGUGUUGGGUGAAAAAAAGACAGGGGAUGCUUUGCUCAUUGAGAUUGGUCCAAGGUUAAACUUCUCAACAGCCUGGUCAACCAAUGCAGUUUCCAUCUGUCAAUCGGCUGGUCUCACAAAGAUAACCAGGAUCGAGCCCUUCAGACGUUUCCUAUUCACCUCCACCAAUCCCUCCAUCCUAUUAGAAUAUGAGCAGGCUAUCGUUGCUUCACUGCAUGAUCGAAUGACAGAAUGUCGCUACCUAGAACCCCUAGAGAGCUUUGAGAUCCAAGUUAAACCUGAGGCUGUGUAUGAUGUGGAUAUCAUGAGCCAAGGGAAAGAGGCUCUCAAGAAAGCUAAUACAGAUCUUGGUCUUGCCUUUGAUGACUGGGACUUGGAUUAUUACCAUGACAUGUUUACUAAUAAGAUCAAACGGAAUCCAACUAGUGUGGAAUGUUUUGAUCUAGCUCAGUCAAACAGUGAGCACAGUCGUCAUUGGUUCUUCAAAGGUCGUAUGGUGGUAGAUGGUGAGGAGAAGAAGGAUUCAUUGUUUGACCUUGUCAUGAAGACACAAGAGAAUAGUAAUCCUAACAAUGUUAUCAAAUUCUCUGACAAUAGUAGUGCUAUUCAAGGUAAUUCCAUCAAAGCUCUUUAUCCAAUGCGUCCUGGUUGCUCAGCAACCCCAAUGACUGACAAGCAACUAGUGCGGCACAUCAUCUUCACUGCUGAGACUCACAAUUUUCCUACAGGAGUUGCCCCUUUUAGCGGUGCUACAACUGGUACAGGAGGGCGUAUCAGAGAUGUCCAGUGUGCAGGAAAAGGAUCUCAUGUAGUCGCUGGGACAGCUGGGUAUUGCUUUGGUAACCUGAAUAUACCAGGAUAUAAUCUUCCUUGGGAGGAUGCCUCCUUUGUGUAUCCUAGCAACAUGGCCAGCCCACUGGAGGUUGCCGUGGAAGCAAGUAACGGUGCCUCAGACUAUGGAAACAAGUUUGGAGAACCGGUUCUAGCUGGUUUUGCCCGUUCCUUUGGCAUGCUUGUACCAGGAGAUGAAAGGAGAGAAUGGGUCAAACCCAUUAUGUUCUCAGGGGGGUUAGGUUCUCUUGAGGAGGGACACAUCAAGAAAGAUUCUCCUCAACAGGAUAUGAAAGUAGUAAAGCUUGGUGGUCCCAUCUAUCGCAUAGGAGUGGGUGGAGGGGCGGCCUCUUCCAUUCAGGUACAGGGGGAUAAUACAGAAUCCUUGGACUUUGGUGCUGUACAGAGAGGAGAUGCUGAAAUGGAGCAGAAGUUAAACAGGGUUGUAAGAGCUUGUAUUGAGCUAGGAGAGAGGAAUCCAAUCAAGAGUAUUCAUGAUCAGGGAGCGGGAGGCAAUGGUAAUGUCUUGAAAGAGAUCUGUGAGCCAGCAGGAGCAGUGAUCCGUACCAAGGCCUUCCAGCUAGGAGACCCCACCCUGACAACCCUAGAGAUAUGGGGAGCUGAAUACCAAGAGAGUAAUGCUGUACUGGUAGAUGAGAACGAUGAGGAGUUGCUUAGUGAUAUAUGUAGGAGGGAGAGAUGCCCGGUGUGCUUUGUAGGAGAGAUCACGGGAGAUGGAAAGAUUUGUUUAGAGGAAGAGAAGCAUGAGAUGACGAAUGGAGGAGGAGGAGGUGAUGCUGAUCAUUCUCCAACCAAGAAGAGCAGAACUGUGUCCUAUCCAGUUGACCUUGACCUGGAAUGGGUCCUUGGCAAGAUGCCAAGAAAGGUGUUCAAUCUUAACAGGGUGGCCAAAACUCUGUUACCCCUAGACCUUCCUGAUGGACUUACUGUCAUUGAUGCUCUUGACCGUGUUCUUAGAUUACCAUCGGUAGCAAGCAAGAGAUAUCUCACAAAUAAGGUUGACCGAUCAGUAACAGGUCUUAUUGCCCAGCAGCAGUGUGUAGGUCCUCUCCAUACCCCACUGGCUGAUGUCGCAGUGACUGCUCUAUCUCACUUUGAAACCAUUGGAUCGGCCACAGCAAUAGGAGAACAACCCAUCAAGGGAUUAGUGAAUGCUGCCUCAGGGGCCCGUAUGGCUGUAGCUGAAUCUUUGACUAAUCUUGUCUUUGCAAGGGUUACUGCACUCAAGGACGUGAAAUGCAGUGGUAACUGGAUGUGGCCAGCCAAACUCCCAGGUGAAGGGGCUGCCCUAUACGAUGCUUGUCAAGCCAUGGGAUCUCUCAUGUCUGAGCUAGGGAUAGCUGUAGAUGGUGGCAAAGAUUCACUCAGCAUGGCUGCAAGGGUGGAGGGAAAAACUGUCAAAGCACCAGGUGCUCUAGUGAUCUCAACCUAUGUGGGAUGUCCAGAUAUCACUGCUACAGUUACACCAGAUCUAAAAUGUCCAGGUGGUCAAGGUAACCUGUUGUAUGUGGACCUCAGUGGUGGUCAUCGAAGGCUUGGUGGUUCUGCAUUGGCUCAGUGUUAUAAUCAGAUAGGUGAUAAUGUACCUGAUGUCAAUGAUGCUUCCCUACUGGCUGCAGCAUUCAAUGUCACACAAGAAUUGAUUACAGAUGGUCUACUUACUGCUGGUCAUGAUAUCAGCGAUGGUGGGCUGAUCACAUGUCUCAUAGAGAUGGCUUUUGCUGGUAACUGUGGGAUUAAUGUAGACCUACCAACUAAUGAUGAUGCUAAACCACUUGAGUUGCUGUUUUCUGAAGAACUGGGUCUCGUAUUGGAGACUACUCAAUCAGAUGCAGAGGCAGUGUGUAGGAGGUAUACAGACCAAGGAAUCACAUGUAGUGUCAUAGGUCAAACAGGGGGAGAAUCAGCUGAAACCAAGAUUGUGAUCAACAUGAAUGGCAAUACCAUCCUGGAUGAUUCUAUGACACGCCUCCGUGAUGUAUGGGAAGCAACUAGUUUCCAGCUAGAACGCCUUCAGACCAAUCAAGUUUGUGUUGUUCAGGAGGAAGCCCUGCUCAAAAAUAGGAAAGCACCCCCGUACAAGCUGACCUUUGACCCUCAGCCGCCGACUCCAAUCCAGGAGACAAACCGGCCAAAGGUAGCAGUGAUCCGUGAAGAAGGAAGUAAUGGAGAUCGUGAGAUGUUAGCAUCGUUUCAUAUGGUAGGCUUUGAAGCUUGGGAUGUCAAUAUGCAAGACUUAGCAAGUGGGACCUUAUCUCUCAAAGACUUCAGAGGGGUAGCGUUUGUUGGAGGAUUCAGCUUUGCUGAUGUUAUGGGUUCAGCUAAAGGAUGGGCAGCAGCAAUCCUAUACAACCCUGUAGUGAGAGGAGAGUUUGAUGCCUUCAGAGCUAGAUCAGAUACCUUCUCAUUAGGAGUCUGUAAUGGAUGUCAGCUGAUGGGUCUACUAGGUUGGGUGUCUCCUGAUCAAACACAGUCUGAUGGUAACCAAGCUGCAUGCAAGCAAGGAGUACUACUGGAUCACAAUGAUUCAGAGCGCUAUGAAUCUAGGUUUGUUACAGUACAGAUUCAAGAUAAUCCAGCCAUGAUGCUACAAGGAAUGCAGGGGUCUACACUUGGAAUCUGGGUGGCUCAUGGAGAAGGCAAGAUGAAGUUUGCCAACGAGUCCAUCCACUCAUCCAUCCUGUCCAACAACCUUGCACCUGUCCGCUAUGUCGAUGAUGAGGGCGCCCCAACCACCCAGUAUCCACUAAACCCCAAUGGUUCUCCUGACGGUAUCGCAGCUCUCUGCUCACCUGAUGGUCGUCAUCUUGCCAUCAUGCCUCAUCCUGAACGCUGCACUCUGACCUGGCAGUGGCCGUGGAUGCCUUCAGAAUGGAGACAGGACCUCAAGGCAUCACCAUGGUUACGCAUCUUCCAGAAUGCGUACAAGUGGUGUCUGGAAAAUAAAGCAUAAGGAAAAGGACAUAAAUGAUAUAAAGCAUUUGAUGUGCUCACUUUACAUUCCAUAGCCUCUAAAGUACCAGGAACAGAUGGAAAUGGAAGGACUAUGAGUUGUUUUGAAGGAUGUUUCAAAGAGACAAAAGUCAAUGAGAAUCGCAUCCGACUUUGCAGUAUAUAAUACAUCAAGCAAUGUGCUCAUCAACAGUUAUUAUAAUUCUUAGUCAUACUUGCCUCUCAAUGGGUUUGAGAAACUCUUAUAGCAGGGUUAUGCACUGAAUUACAAAGGGCAGCUUUAAGUAUUCAUUACAAAGACAAAGUAGUCUCUGAAUUUGAGAAUAAAAAAAAAAACAGUUCUACAAUUUCAUAGAAAAUCUUAACUGCAGACUGUAAGUCUAUAAUGAUGUCAGUGAUUCUCACUUGCAACUUUUAAAAGUACUGAAAUACUUGCAUUUGAUUGGCUGAGAACAAAUUUGUCGGGUGAGUUUCACUGACAAAUUCAGUAUUUAUUUAAAGUUUCAACUUUGGUUUUUGACACAUUUUUUUAAAAAUAUCUUGGUGUUGGAUAUUAAUUAAUUAUACUUACAUUGAAUGAAAUUGAUAUUAUAUUUCACUUUAUGCUUGCUUAGGCAUGAAUUAUGUAUAAAUUAAUAGCAUCAUUAUAAACAUAAUUACACUGGAAUCCAAAGAUAAUACAUUCUGUAGGACUGAAUCUAUGGAAAAAUAAUGAAUAUGUUUGUGUGUACUGGUCCAAUACUUUUUUAUGAAUUUGUAUUGAUUUCUGUACAAGAAAAAUGGAUAGCAUAUUCUGAAUUAUACAGGGCUGUAAAUUUCAUUGGAAACUUCAUUGGGAAUUGAUGUUUCUUUCUUAUUUGCUCACAAACAUAUGUAUUUUGUAAUUGUCUGCUAUACAUUGAUAUGAUUUAACAUUCUUAUAAAUGAAUAUGCUUCAGGGAGCUAGACAUUAUGGACAGUUAAAAUCACACAAAAAUAUAUAGAAAUACAACAUGACAAACUUUUAUCGCAUUCUUCUUAAUUCAGUUUAGUAUGUAUGCUUGACCACUAUAUGUGUGACCUUUCUGAAAUGGUAUUUUUUCAUUUGUUUGAAUUGAAAAAUAGAAAUCCAACAAUCUGGCAGUUGAUCAAAUAUAUUUAUUUUUUUCAAGACAAUUAUUCUCUGUUACUCCUACAUGGAAAUAGCUUUGCUUAAUUAGUGAAAUUAAGCAAAUUCAUAGAUUAUUUGAUACCUUGUCUUUGAAUUUCUAUAUAAUACAUUCUUACAUUGUUCUCAUAUAUCCAAUGUACCAGGGAUGUUGCCAUAGACUACUUCCUCUCCAUAAUAAUUCAUAAUGACAAGGUUGUGUUUCACAGAAACAAUCUGUACCAGCAUGGCAUCUGUGAUCUGGGGAAAAAAUGAAAAUAGUAAUAGUCAACCUUGCCAAGUCGACCAAUCAUAAAUGUAAUAAUCAACCGAGCCAAAGCAAUUUAUGAGACCCAAAUACUUGGUUCUCAUUGGCUGAAAAUAUAUUUGUUUGAUAUUUUUUUUUUUUGCAUUUGAUUUGAUUGCAAUUCUUUCUGCAAAACUCUUGACGAGUUAAGAUGUUAAUUUCCACUAAUCAAUCAAUUUUCUCAGAAAUCAAAGAUAUAUCUGCAGUCCCAAGAGACGACUAUUAAUUAUUUUUAUAAUCUUCAAUAUUCUAUUGAAAAUAAGUGAUGAACAUCUUGAAUGAUAAUUGUGACAUUCAUUGGAUAUAUCCUCAAUUAAAUUCUAAAAAAAUACUGCUUAUGGCAAAAAGUUUGCCAAGUACAGUUUUGUGAAAACUUAUGUAAAAAAAUUGUGUUCUUGGGUUUUUGUUACUUCCUUAUGAAGGUGAAAAUCAUGAAAUAUGUUUUGUUGCUGCACCACUGAAAUCAACUUAAGAGGCUUGUAAUCAAUCGAGAGUUAUUCUUGUGCUACUGUGUAUAUGUAUUAUGAAAUAAAGUUGUGAUAUAAAAUUGUAUUUAGUU